AUGCCGAACGCUGCAUCUCCCGCGCAGCAGUUCAGCCCUGCCAAUCAGCAAUCUGGGCAUAUCGAUAGAGACCUAAGUCCCGGGGAGUAUUCGUCCGGCAUCGAUUCAGACAAUGAUCAAGUCGGCGCCAAUGGUUCCAGCAGCGGGCGUGGACUGAAGCGGAAGCGUCCCCUCACCGUGUCAUGCGAAUUGUGCAAACAAAGAAAAGUCAAAUGUGAUCGCAUACAACCGAGCUGCGGCUGGUGUGUUCGAAAUGGCCAGCUUUGUGAGUAUAAGGAGCGCAAGAAGCCUGGUUUAAGAGCCGGGUAUGGCAAAGAGCUGGAACAACGACUGGAUCGACUUGAAGAAGUCAUACAAGCUCAAGCGAGGCUUAUCGAGAUGCAUAUAUUGCAAAACCAACCCCCAAUGCCCCACCACGGAGGAUCAAUCUCAUAUGGCUCACCAUCCGAGCCAUCAGCUGUUCAUGGUCCGAGCCCCCGAACCGCACUCUAUUUUAACGAUCCCACCUCAUCAGUAGCUCUCCCUCAGCGACAUGCAGACGUCUCUAUCACAAGUCCUUCGGAUACAUCUGUGAAGAAUUUGGUCUCUCAUGGAUUAUCGAAUGGUGCCCCAGCGUCUGUCAUUGGCUCAUUGCCACCGGCGCAAAACGGACACCACGAUUUUACAGGAAACGAAUCGUCCUUAAAGGUCCCCGUUAGUAUAUUUGCCAACCAGGAACAGUCAUUUGCCGAUCCAGAUCUUGAUUUACCACCAUAUGACUUGUUAUACGCGCUCGUGGAUUUGUAUUUUGAACAUAUCAACUCUUGGUGUCCGAUUCUCCACCGACGAUCCACACUAGAUACCUUUUUUGGUCCUUCUCCCCUGGAAGAGGCCGAUCGCAUGGUUCUUUACGCCAUAGUUGCAACUACUUUACGCUUCUCGACUGAUGCCCGCCUAAGCGAUCUAAAUCGAAAGCGCUAUCAUGACUCCUCAAAACAGAAAGUACUUCUGUAUGGCCUGGAGAAUUCGUCUGUAAAGGCUCUGCAGGCGCUUGUCAUCUUGGCAUUAGACCUAGUCGGCUCGUCAAAUGGCCCACCUGGAUGGAAACUAUUGGCUUUGAUCACCCGAUCUGUUGUCCAAUUGGGAUUGGCAGUAGAAUCCAAGUCAUCAUUAAUUGCACCAGUAUAUCCUUCCAUUUAUACGCUCAGGGCGGUCACCUUAUCGGAGCCAGAUUCCUGGAUAGAAGACGAAAGUCGGCGUCGUCUUUUUUGGAUGGUUUAUCUGUUGGAUCGAUACUCAACUAUUGCUACUGCAUUCAACUUUGCCUUGGAUGACAAAGAUAUUGACCGAAAGCUCCCUUGCAAAGACGACUACUUCAUCAAGAAUCAGCCUGUGGAGACGCGAAGAUUCCACUACUCUAGUGAGCGUGCCGACUAUCUCAGUCAUGCGGAAAAUGUGGGAUCAUUUGGGUUGUAUAUCGAAAUUUUGGGAAUCCUUUCACGGGUUCAUGUCUUUUUGAAACGUCCCGUGGAUAUUGGAUCUCUUUCCGAUGUCGAAGAAUGGCAAGCCACUUACCGGAAGCUUGACAGUGAGCUGACCACGUGGGAAUUCAAUCUGCCCGCUGAAUAUGCCUAUGAGAAUUCAUCUCGUCUGUUCAACGGAACAAAGCAAAGCCGGGCCUUGCAUAGUGAUUGGGUUCAGCUUCAUGCAACGUAUCAAACCGCUGUGAUUCGCCUUCAUUCCUCUGCUGCAUAUCCAACAACUCGGUCGCCUAUAUUCACACCCUCGUACAGCGCAAGCCAGCGAUGCUUACUAGCUGUCGACAAUAUACUUUCAGUUACUCGUUUCGUAGUUGAAAAUAAUAUCCUCGAUAAAUUGGGCCCCCCUUUCGCCUUCACCCUGUGGGUAUCAGCCCGUCUAUUGCUCGUACAUGGCUCUACAAUUGCCCACACAGUCAGCUCGGACAUUAUAUUUUUCGUCGACACACUAUCUCGCAUGGGACAUCACUGGAAAGUUGCAGAGCGCUAUAGCAACAUCCUCCAACGUGUUCUCGACGAAUAUGGUGAAUAUCAACAGUCCGUUGCUAUAGACGGUGAACGAUCAACACCAUCAACUGUCAAGAUCCUCGCAGAUAUGCGCCGCUGCGCAUUUGAUCUCGACUUUCUUAUCUCCCGCCAACCACGAGAAUCUCCAUCAACCGCGAGUAAUUCCGGAAAUGACCCUACCCGGCCAGCUUCGGCUGCUCUGGUUCCUCGUAAUCUUGCACCAAACGAACUGGAAUACCUGGAUGUCUUCGGCUUUUUUAAUGUACCCCGAGUGCCACCAGCCCGUGCACCGGACUCUUCUACAGCUGCUGCGCAUAUGGAAAUUCCAGAUUCGGUAUCUAACCCCAUGUCUAUCCAUGGACUAACGGGCGCUGGUCCCGUCGUUGAUGGUCACUCCACCGGUGCCAAUGAGUUCAACAUUACGAACUACUUGAUCCCGACUCCAGAAACAGAUUGGCUCUUUCGCCCUGCAGGAUGA